AAGGUGGCACUCUGACAGGUCGAUGCAGUGUUGGUUUCCCAAUGUGGUCACCGCAGGUCUGCGCAACUGUUGGCAUUGAUCUGUAAAGCUUCAAGGAUGGCUACGCCGCGUGAGUUUGGCAAGCAACAAAAUAACUACUCCAACAAUAAUAUUUCGGUUCUUACAUCGCAGCAUCACAAGAACACGAGCUUCGGGUGGUUUCGAAACACGGUAUCGUACCGUGCAUGCUACAACGAUGCCGAAAUACCUACGUGCCACAGUCAACCUGCCGCAUGCACAGUACGAGGAUUCGCCGAUCAUUCGAGCUGUAGGGGAUGCCAAUUCAUCCGAAUUGCGUCGUUUACUCUACGAGGCGAGAUAUUAAUCGUGGGCCGAGACGCUCGCGAACGACGUACAUGUCGAUGUUGACCAGCCUUACUGGGAAACGUCGCUUUUGCGCGCAAUUCGCUGUCAAACAUUGAACAACGUUGAACUUCUGCUUCAAAACAGCGCAGACCCCAACGGCAUUGCUAUAGUAAACUAGC